UUUAGUUGAAAAUGGCAAAAGUAGAGAGUGGGUAUAGCCUAACUCAAGAGAUCGUUGAUUUUCUUUUAUGAGUGCUGCUGAUAGGAGCAGGAUUUCUGAUUGGCAAAUUCUUUGAGGAAAUCAAAGCCUUCUUGGUUGAAAGGGGUAUUAUCAAUGCAGAAACUUCAUUAGGAUAUUCGAUGGUCAAGAAUCCUAGAGGAAAUGACCCAGAAAAUCUCACCGAACUAGCUAAUAUUGCUGAAGAAGAUGAAGAAGAGGUUACAUCAAAAUACAAAGAUGCUUGAAGUGAAAUUCAAAGAUUGAAUAAGAAGUUGGCCGAGCUUAAGCAGAACAAUUCGGAACUCAAAUCCCAAAAUUCUAAUCUCAAAUCUAUGAUUAAGCCUGAAGAGGAAAAGGAGGAAGAACCACAAGAGGAUAAUCAUGAUGAUGUCAAAGGGAUUCUAGAUAACAAAGAUAACUUCUUUAAGGAAUUCCAUGAUGAAGAAAAAGAUGAAAGUGAUGAGGAUGAAGAUGAUAUGAAGCAAUUCUUGAAAUAAUCAAUCUUUUGAGGA